AUGAGUGCCCUGUCGGCUGCCAAGGCAACUGAUGAGUACGAGUUGGCACGGAAGAAAGUGGCAGCUUUUAUUAAAGCAUCUGAUUCUACUGAUAUUGUAUUCACAAGAAAUGCUACUGAGGCUAUUAAUUUAGUGGCUUAUUCUUGGGGUUUAUCCAAUCUAAACCCUGGGGAUGAGAUUAUACUUACUAUUGCUGAACACCAUAGUGCUAUCGUUCCUUGGCAAAUUGUGGCACAGAAAACGGGUGCUAUUUUGAAAUUUGUAAAUUUAGGUGUGAACGAGGUUCCAGAUGUAGAAGAGCUGAAAGAGAUGAUCAUUGAAAGAACCAAACUUUUAGUUGUUCAGCAUGUGUCUAAUGUGCUUGGCUCAGUUCUUCCUAUUGAAGACAUUGUGAUUUGGGCUCAUACAGUUGGAGCAAACGUGCUUGUAGAUGCUUGUCAAAGUGUUCCUCACAUGGUGGUUGGUGUCUAAGGUCUUGAUGCUGACUUUCUCGUUUCUUCUUCUCACAAGAUGUGUGGGCCUACAGGCAUUGGAUUCUUAUUUGGAAAGAGCAAUCUCUUGUUAGCCAUGCCUCCAUUCUU